CGGGUCUCUUUCCGGCGUCGCCUUGUCACUCGCUCGCCACCACCCCUCGGCGCCACGGCGAGCAGCGCACCGGGUCCAGGUCAAAAGCGCACGCACCCACAUCGCACGGCCGCGUCGCCGUCGUCGCGCGUGAGCCCCCCGUGCCUAGUCAAACCCCACCACGAGCAGAAUCCCCCAAUCUUCUCGCGAUCCGCUCGCUCUGCUGCUGCGCCGCGGGAGCGCGGGGGAGGAGGAGGAGGAAGAGGGAGGGGCACUGGCCAUGGCGGCGCGCCAGCGGCCGCAGGCGCAGCUCGCGCGGAUCAACGCCAUGAGGCACUCCUACACCGCCGCGGGGGACGAUGGCUCCGGGGACGACGUGUGUGGGGAGCUCGACGACGGCGGGGGCGAGUACGCGUCGCAGACCAGCUUCCGCAUCCGCGGGGGGCGCGGGGCCGCGGAGGUCACCGCCAUCUUCCGCAAGCUGGGGCUCUCCGGGCCCGAGGACUUCACCAUCCCGCCCGCGGUCUACGCCGCCGCCAUGUCCCACCUCUCCAGCUCCGCCCGCCGCCGCGCGUCGCUCGAGGUGGCUUCCCCGCCGGAGCUUCUAGAAGCUUCUCCAGCCGAAGCCGCGGUUCCGAUGAAUCGGGAAGCAGUCGAGAAGGGGGAGGAAGCUGGUCCGGCCCCCAAAUUGGUUCAAUCAGAGGUUACAGAAGUUUCCACACGAGCUUAUGCAAAUGCAACGCCUGCAGCAGAAUCGAGCAUCAGAGUAGUAGCUCCAUCGGCCACCAAAUUUGUUCAAGCAGAAGCUAUAGAAGUUUCCACACGAUCAUAUGCAAGGCCUGCAGCGAGCGUCAGAUCAGUAGCUUCUAAACGAGCUCUGCUGAAGCAGGAUAGUGCAGACGAGGACAAGGAGAAAGGUAAAUUGGUCAGAUUGGAUAAAUCACGAGAGGAAAUUAGAGGAGAGGUGGUUGUGGAGGCGACAAGGGAGACCACCGGUGCCUCGGCUCUGGUCGUGGAGGCGACAAGGGAGUCCACUUCACGUGACAUCGAGCAUUUGAUUUCACCCUCUCCUCACAGGCGGUUUAGGAGAACCAUCACGUCCUGGCUUAAGGGAGAGCAUCUCGGGAGUGGAUCGUUCGGGUCAGUGUAUGAGGCUAUCAGUGAUGAUGGUUUUUUCUUCGCUGUCAAGGAGGUGUCAUUGAUUGAUCAAGGGAUCAAUGCAAAACAACGCAUUGUCCAACUUGAGCAUGAGAUCUCUCUGUUGAGUCGUUUGGAGCAUGAAAACAUUGUUCAGUAUUUUGGAACAGACAAGGAAGAUGGAAAACUGUAUAUUUUCCUUGAACUAGUAACUCAAGGCUCUUUGGCAGCUCUAUAUCAAAAAUACCGUUUACAGGACUCACAAGUCUCAGCGUACACAAGGCAGAUUUUGAUAGGUUUGAACUAUCUACACCAGCGGAACGUGUUACACAGAGAUAUUAAAUGUGCAAAUAUCCUAGUGGAUUCAAAUGGAUUAGUUAAACUGGCAGAUUUUGGGCUUGCAAAAGAGAUGUCAAUUUUGAGUCAGGCAAGAUCUAGCAAGGGAACUGUUUACUGGAUGGCCCCUGAGGUUGCUAAGGCUAAGCCUCAUGGACCUCCAGCAGAUAUAUGGAGUCUUGGCUGCACAGUUUUAGAAAUGCUGACUGGCAAAGUUCCAUACCCUGAUAUGGAAUGGACGCAUGCUUUGCUUAAAAUUGGUAGAGGAAUACCACCAGAAAUUCCAGCUACACUGUCAGAAGAUGCUCGUGAUUUCAUAAUUAAGUGUGUAAAAGUAAAUCCAAAUGAUCGGCCAUCUGCUGCUCAGCUGUUGGACCAUCCAUUUGUCCAGAGAUCACUGCAACAUAAAGGCGCCUAAUCACUCUUGUGUUGCUAACAAACUUGCUUGUACAUAAGCUGAUUUUAAUUUUACCUGUGGAAACAGGAAAGCUGUUGAUGCUGAGGAUGAUCCCAAAUCCCUUGCCAUGAUACAGCGGUAGUUUGUAGGAAGUCGAGCUUACAGCAUGUGCAAGCUAUAUUCAACUGAAGAUACCUUUCAGGCUGCUGGAUCAUGUGAACAGAAGAUACCUUGUCAGGUGUUUACUCCGUGCCUUCACAACCAUCAGGGUGAACAGUUGGUUGUCCAAAGUUUUUAGUGCUGAUUGUCAGGGAUUAUGAGUUCCAGUGCGAACCAUCGAACUACGUUUCAUGACUUGGAUAAAAACUGGGAAAGGUUCAAAAGGAGGAUUAGUGGUAUCUCGCCUAGUGGCCUAUGGAAGCAGCCAAGCAGGGGACGUAGAAAGCUCAGUGCUCACGGCACAGUUAACUUUUCUGACCGCGUUUCUGUACAGCGUUUUUGUACCUGUAAAGUGGCUUCCUUGUGUAUGUCAUUGACUGUUGACGAGAAAAUCCAAUUUGUUUUAUAGCCA